AUGUUAAAAUUCAACCCUCGAUUCCUCAUCGUCAGCCUCGGGAAUCCAUUGCCAAAAUACGAGAGUCUACAUUCGGCCGGUCACUUUGUCCUCAAUGGCCUCGCAAAGACGCUUCACUUGCCGGCCUUUCGCGAGGUGACGCUGGGCAGGCAGUCUUGCUUGGUAUCUCAGGGCCCAAAGUACAUUCUUGUGCAGUCUCCGACUUACAUGAACACCUCCGGAGGCUUUGUGGCGAAUGCAUGGCAGGAAACCGUCCGGAAAUACGGUGCCGAAUCACUCGGGCUAGUGAUUGUUCACGAUGAGCUGGAAAAGGACUUUGGGGUGGUCAAGCUUCUACCGUGGGACCGCAGUCCGCGUGGGCACAACGGCGUCAAGAGUGUGAGAGGCUCGUUAUCGCAGAAAAAGUAUCCGGAAUCACCCUUUGCCCGCAUUGCCGUCGGCAUCGGGCGUCCUGAGGAGCGAGAUGCAGCUACAGUGAGCCGUUAUGUGCUCAAUAAAAUCUCUCGUGAGCACCGAACGACGUUAGAGGAAGAAACGCCUUGGGAUGUCGCAAAGUGUCUCAUGGAACUGGAGAACCAGUGGAGAAUUGACGUCCAGGGCGGUUCGGGAGGAACCACAGAGCCAUGA